AUGAUUUUUGCAGUGGCAGAGAGUAGUCGAGCUGCUGCUUCAAGACCAAGAGUUGAAGCUGCCUGGGAUUUUGUUGUGCCCACACAACUAUUGUCAAUUGACCUCUCAUUCACAGAACAAUAUACUGCAGAGAGCGACAGAUAUCUAACUGCCGCUUUUGAGGCUUUGCAAGUUUCUGAUGUUGAGAGAGUCUUGGAUUUGACUACCACCACUGUCACUGCCACUGCCACUGUUAUUUCCCACUGUUCCAGCUGUAAUGGAAUUGGUCACCAAUGGAUUAACUACCACUCACAACAUGGCCCGGCAUACUACCGCCUCUGCAAUGGUACCCGCCUUAUAUGCAAUGGCUCUGGCAGAUAUGUCAUCAAGGCUACCAUUGUAACUGGAUCAAGUGCUGGAAAGUUGGUGCUUAUCCCCAGAAUCAAGCUGAACCCAACUGGAUCGACCAUGUCCAUUGAGUUCAAACAAUGUCUAUUUCCAGUCCGCCUUGCCUUUGCUAUGACUAUCAACAAGUUCCAAGGCCAGAUCCUUGACAAAGUUGGUCUGUACCUUCCCGACCAUGUCUUUGGUCAUGGGCAGUUGUAUGUCACUCUCUCAGGUCCGAACUCCAAACUCAGUAAAAAUCAUGGUUGA